AUGCGCAUCGGCCGUUACGUCCCGAACGCCUCGCGUGCGCUUCGCCCGCUCGUCGAGCGCGGCAGCCUGCUGAUUAUGUCGCGCGCGGGGGUAGGGAAGACGACGCUGCUGCGGGAUCUCGCCGCGAGCAUCGCGCAGCACCCCGGGCGGCCCCUCAUCAUGGUCGUGGACACCUCGAACGAGAUCGGCGGCGACGGCCCGGUGCCGAUGCCGUUCCUCGGUCGCUGUCGCCGCAUCCAAGUCCCCCGGCGCAGCGACCAAAGUCGCGUCAUGAUCGAAGCCAUUCAGAACCAUUCCCCCCAGUACCUCGUCGUGGAUGAACUCGCAACCGCCGAGGAGGCCGAGGCGGCGUGGUCGAUCGCGCAGCGCGGGGUGCGGCUUAUCGCCACAUGCCACGGCGAGAACCUCGCCGCGUUGCUGCAGAAUCAAGCUCUGAACCUCCUGGUUGGCGGCGCUGCGCAGGCCUUCUUGAGCAAUGAGGAGCGGCGACUCCGAAACAAGGUCAAGAAAACCGUCUUGGAGCGCCCGCAUAGCUCGCCUUUCGAUUUUGUUGUAGAGCUUUGCGCCCGCAAUAAUGGGUACCUGUACUUCGAUGUUAACAAGGCGGUGGAUCUCAUUUUAGAUGAUCAACCUGCCAAACCCAACGCCGCUGUUGGUGGGGAGGUGACGCUGAGUGAGCUACUUCCCCGUCGCAUCGAAAGACGUCUUCGCAUGCGGGAGCGCACGGCGCGGUUAUCUGAAAGCCAACCAGAUGAGGACUUAGACGAGGUGCCAGAGGACCAACCGUUCUCACGAGAAUACGUAGACGAUGAUGGUUAUCUGGUCACUGAAGCAUCGGACCAACACGAAGGCCAUAGAGGGGAUUCAACCCUCGACGUUUUAGAAAGGAGACGUGACCGACUACACGGUAAAAGUCACUAUGGAAAGCACGGGAAAAAAAAUGAAGUGCUUCGUGAGGAGCUCUCGCGAUUGUUCUGA